CAGCUGGGUCAGAAGGAGGAAAAGUGUGCGUGUGUAUGAAAUAAAAACUCAGCUGCGAGAAUGACAGUCACUUGAAAUGCCAACACAAAGCAGCAGUUCUGGAUGGUUUUGCAGUCCAUUUAAAAAGCCAUAUAAGCUGUCCUUUUCCUUGUGAGACCCCACUACGGAGCUAGUGCAGGCAGAGCAAACCCCCUCAGCCCAGGCUGCCUGUUUUCCCAGCACAGGAUGACUUCAGAACCAGCACCAGACGCCGACCCCAGCAGGAGAGCCCCGAAGAAGCCGUGUCCGUUCAGCAUCGAGGACAUCCUCUCCAGCCCUGUGGAGAAGAGCCCCCAGGUCUUGGUCCCACUGUGCCUACGGAGCAUCUUAGACUGCGCACCCAAAGGGCUGUGUGAGCUGGAGACCAUCCCAGCCAGCUCCCUGCAGGAGGAAGAGGAGGAGGAGGAGGAAGAGGAAGAGCUGGAAGGGGCAGGCUGUGGCUGCUGCUGCUGUUCUCACACAAGCACCCGCUCCCUGCAGGACUCACCAGGUUGGCUGGAUGCCCGGUUCCCCUGGCCCAUGAGGCUCUUCCACUCGGCAGUCAGGGUCUGCAAGAGUCCCCAGGAGAACCCCAGCGAGCUGCAGGCUUUCCAGCAGAUCCAGCGCCGGACGCGCCGGCACCGCACCAUCUUCACUGAGGAGCAGCUGCAGGCCCUGGAGACGCUUUUCCACCAGAACCAGUACCCAGAUGUCGUCACCCGGGAGCACCUGGCAAACCGCAUCCACCUGAAGGAGGAGAGGGUAGAGGUUUGGUUUAAAAAUCGUCGGGCGAAGUGGCGGCACCAGAAGAGGGCGAGCGCCUCGGCACUGAUCCUGCAGGGCACCAAGCAACCCCCCGAGGAGAGCUGCUAG